AUGGAAGGCACGUGGUUCGCCAUCAUCAAUGCUGCGCUGUUCGUGAUGCAAGCCGUCGUGAACAUCGUGUACGCCAAGCGCUUCGUCACCGUGGCGCGGGACUACGAAACGCUGAUCACGCCAGCAAGCUACGCGUUCGUGCUCUGGAUUCUCGUGUACGCACUGGAAGCUGUGCUCGUCGUCGUCGAUGUCAUCGCGCCGCGCUACUCAAUGUUCGGUGAAGCCAACCAGCCAGCUCAGCUACGUCUGUGCUUCGGUUUGACCUUCGUCUUGAACACCAUUUGGGUCUUCUUGUACGUGUCGGGCCACGUGUACGCGGCGACUGUGAUCAUCUACGCCCUCUGGCUGGCCUUGCUGGUGCUGUACAUCUACGCCGUGAACGAUCGGAACGCGCGCGAGACUGGUCCGUUUGACUGGACCCUGUACCUGUGUAAUGAGCUUCCAAUCUCUGCGUACUUCGCGUGGGUGACGACAGUUGCCUUCACCCACCUGGCGAUGUCGAUGCAGCACUCGAACCACGACUUCCUGGGCCUCACGACCUACGUCUCGUAUCUCUGCGUUGUCAUCGUGCUGGGGCUGCUGACUUCACGCUACGCGCAAGACUUGAUCUCCGGCCUGGUUAUCAUCUGGUAUCUCAUCGCUGUCUUGAUCAAGCACGUCCAGCUCCCACACUCGGUGCAGUGCAUGGAUAUCGCCGUGCGCGCGUGUGCUGGAGAAGGAGCUGCGAUCAUUGCGGCGGUGCUGGCGAUCAAUCUUUGCCGGUCGCUUAUGGAGGACAGUGAAGUCGUCCUCCAGCCUCGAAUAUGGGCUCGGGGAUGGCUGUCGUCGCGGGUGCCACCUACGGGGCCACCAGUGCAUAACAGCGCACUUCCUGCUGUUCCUCGCGCCACUGCUCGCGUCGCUAUCGCUGUGCACUCAGCUACUGGCGUUCCAGUCCCGUAG